GUUUAUUUUGCUGGGAUGUUCCGUGUUGCCAAUGUGGAGUAUAUCCCAGAGUACCGCCAGGCGGAGUCCAACGAGUUUCUCUCCAUGGCUAAGCGAAUAGAGAAUGUGGUGAGCAAUGUGUACAAAAUGUCCUCAGUGGCCAGACUCUACAAGGAUGCUGUCAUUUCAGACCUCAGUAACAACAGUAAAGGUGGUGUACUGGUGUAUUUCUGGAUGGUGUUUUUGGUCCCUCAUCUCAAGAGCCCGGCAGUGUGUGAGGAGUGUAUCGAAGCCAUCCUCAGAGACUCUGUCCACACCAGCAUAAAAAACAGGUCCUCUGUUGGCUACUUACUGGACUUUCCAGUCGAUAUAGACUCCAUCCUCGUCAAUGCGGCCCAGCGCUCAGAUUACACAUCAACAGCAGCGGGCUCACAGUGUGUAGAUAAGCUGUAUGCCAACAUUCUCGGGGCGAGGGUCUCUUUAAAUGUCUUCUCAUCGUGGGGUGGUGUAAGUUGCCAUGUAAAGCUCACUUCCGUCCCUGGCUCCCUCAUCCGCUUGACCAUCUCGUCGUUCCUCAUCGAGCCCAGCGACUGUGUGAGCGAUGCCCUGACUGUGUACGACGCGCUGCUGCCCAUGAGAGGGCGCACUCUGCUCAGGGUGUGUGAGCCGGUGUCCAGCUCCCUCUCUCUGGUGUCUACCUCCAAUGUCAUGUUGCUGUCCUUCAGAAUGACUAAUGGCAACAAGAGCUUCAGAGGGUUCUUUCAGGCCAUCACUGAGGAAAUGUGUGCGUCUCACAUUGAGACCAAGUUAGAGCCUGGCUUCACCGGACAGAUCCACAGCCCCUUCCAUCCCAGCUUACUCCCCCCCAAGUGCUCCUGCACCUGGAGGUUUCAGACCCCUAACAGCGCUUUAGGAGUUGCACUGAAGUUCGAGAACUACACGCUGAAAGCAAAGGACAUGAAGGGCUGCGAACACGGCUGGUGGAAGGUCAAUGAUAUCAUUUUCUGUGGCAGAUACGUCGGCCACUCCACAGUGUUUCGGAUCGAUGAGCCCAACCCUGAGGUGGAGUUUCGCUGCAGCUCCCGUAACUCUGAAAAACCUUUCCAGGCCUCGUACAGCAGCUACAACAUCAGUCAACCCUGUCCAGAGAGCCACUUCCUGUGCUCCACAGGACUGUGUGUGGAGAAGAGCCGGCGCUGCGACGGCCUGGACGACUGUCAGGAUGAGAGUGAUGAGAUCUUCUGCUCAAGGCCCAUAAAGAACUGUGGUGGCAGUAGUCCUCUACACCCGUUUUAUGUUUGCAACGGAGAAACAGACUGCAGCAAUGGGAGAGAUGAAAUCAACUGCACUCAGGAGACCACCUGCUCUGCUGUCAAGUACCAGUGCAGCAGCGGCACCUGCAUCCUGAAGAAGAAUGCAAGGUGCGACGGCGUGCCUGACUGUCAGGACCACAGCGACGAGGAAGACUGCGCCUGCGGCCAGCCGGCCCCGGUGAAGAAGGUCGGCUCAUCAACAGACUCGGAGCGCAUUGUGGGCGGAGUUAACUCUCUGGAGGGGGAGUGGCCAUGGCAGGUCAGCCUCCACUUCUCUGGUAACCUGUACUGUGGAGCCUCCGUCCUCUCCUCUGAUUGGCUCAUCUCUGCAGCCCACUGCUUCAGCAAGGAAAGGCUUUCAGACCCGCGCCACUGGCGUGCCCACCUCGGCAUGCUGACGCAGGGCAGUGCCAAGCAUGUGGCGGAGAUACAGAGGAUUGUGGUGCACGAGUAUUACAAUGCACGCACGUUUGACUACGACGUUGCCCUGCUGCAGCUGAAGAAGGCCUGGCCUGCCUCCCUCAGGCCCCUGGUCCAGCCGGUGUGCCUGCCCGCCCCCUCCCAGACCCUCACCCAGAGCCACCACUGCUGGGUCACUGGCUGGGGAUACCGCUCUGAGGAGGACAAGGUGCUGCCCGCGGUGCUACAAAAAGCAGAGGUGUUCAUACUGAGCCAGAGCGAGUGUAAGAAAAGGUACGGCCCCAUCUCACCCCGUAUGCUUUGUGCCGGGGUCCCAUCUGGAGAGCAGGACGCCUGCAGGGGGGACUCAGGUGGUCCUCUGUCCUGUCGGGCACCAGGAGGGGGCCGCUGGUUCCUGAUUGGUAUCGUCAGCUGGGGGGCGGGCUGUGGCAGACCAAACCUACCAGGGGUCUACACCAAGGUCAACAAGUUCACCUCUUGGAUCCACAGCCAUAUCACCUGACACGGACCUCCUCAUUCUUCAUUCACUCUUUGCCAGCAGGUGUUCAGUUUAAAUGUUCUGUUGACGGCACAAAAUAA